AUGUCUCAUGUCACGGAUAUGAAAUAUCUUUUUAAUAGGUUAUUUUCUAUGAAAAAUGGGUUUAAUGCACAUAAAUAUGCUGUUAGAAGUUAUAGUAAGGAUAUUGGAAAAUCUGCCCCAAUAGUAAAUAGAGGCAAAGUUACGCCUUUGCCACCUCUGUCGGAGCCUAUGCCAGAUCUUCCCCCAGUAGUUUAUUCCACAUCAAAAUCUGAAGAUGUAGUUACAGAGGUAACUGUACUUAGCAAUGGACUAAGAGUAGCAUCUGAAAAGAAAUUCGGACAGUUUUGUACUGCUGGUGUUGUUAUUGAUUCUGGUCCAAGAUAUGAAGUAGCUUAUCCAAAUGGCAUUUGUCAUUUUCUUGAAAAACUCAGUUUUGGUGCAACACAUAAAUAUGCUACACGUGACGUGAUGCUCAAAGAACUGGAGCGACACGGAGGUAUCUGUGAUUGUCAGGGUUCUCGUGACACUACUGUUUAUGCAACAAGUGCAGACUCCAAAGGCUUAGAAGCAGUUACUCAGGUGUUAGCUGAAGUUACACUGAGACCACAAUUAUCUGAAGAAGAAAUAGAGUCAGCUAGACAGGCAGUUGCAUUUGAAUUAGAAACUUUAUCUAUGAGACCAGAGCAAGAAACAAUAUUGAUGGAUAUGAUUCAUGGGGCUGCUUACAAAAAGAACACACUUGGAUUACCAAAGAUUUGUCCUAUUGAAAAUGUACAUAAAAUAAAUCGCAAUAUCAUAUUGAAUUACCUAAAGAAUCACUACACACCAGAUAGAAUGGUUGUUGCUGCUGUUGGGGUUGACCAUGAGCCUUUUGUGGAAUUUGUCCAGAAGUAUUUUGUUGACAUGAAGCCGACAUGGCACACACCAGAUAGUUCUACUUUCACACCUGCUGUAGACAAGUCUAUUGCUCAGUAUACAGGUGGAAUGGAACAGGAAGACUGUGAAAUCCCAUUAUAUCCAGGUUCUGAUUUACCAGAACUAUCACAUGUGGUUAUUGGAUUAGAGAGCUGUUCUCAUGGUGACCCUGACUUCGUAGCAACAUGUGUGUUAAACAUGAUGAUGGGAGGUGGUGGUUCAUUCUCGGCUGGAGGGCCUGGCAAAGGAAUGUAUACUCGACUUUACACCAAUGUACUGAAUAGAUAUCACUGGAUGUUUAAUGCUACAGCCUAUAACCACGCGUACGGCGACACUGGGCUGUUCUGUGUACAUGCGGCAUCUCCACCUGCCCGUAUUUAUGAUACAACGAUAGUGAUCGCACGGGAGCUUGGCAAUAUGAUUGGAAAAGUAGGAGAAAUGGAACUUAGGAGAGCUAAAACUCAAUUACAGUCAAUGUUAUUGAUGAAUUUAGAAGCUAGACCAGUAGUGUUUGAAGAUGUUGGCCGACAAGUGCUUGCGACCGGCAAGAGAAAGCCGCCUUCGUUCUUUAUCAAUGAAAUCGAAAAAAUCACAGCUGAUGACAUUACCCGCGUCGCAAGGCGAAUGUUGAGCACACGUCCGGCAGUAGCCGCUCGCGGAAAACUCGCUAACCUUCCCUCUUUCGAAGAGAUUCAAUCAAAUAUGACUCUUAAUAAUGACGCGCCCCAAGGACGAAGAUUAAACUUAUUCCGUGCUUAA